ACGGAGGAGCAGCGAGUCAAGAUGAGAGUUCAGCCGCGGCGGCAGCAGCAGCAGACUCGAGAAUGAACAAUCCGUCAGAAACCAGUAAACCAUCUAUGGAGAGUGGAGAUGGCAACACAGGCACACAAACCAAUGGUCUGGACUUUCAGAAGCAGCCUGUGCCUGUUGGUGGAGCAAUUUCAACAGCCCAGGCCCAGGCUUUCCUUGGACAUCUCCAUCAGGUCCAGCUCGCUGGAACAAGUUUACAGGCUGCUGCUCAGUCAUUAAAUGUACAGUCUAAAUCUAAUGAAGAAUCCGGAGAGUCACAGCAGCCAAGCCAGCCUUCCCAGCAGCCUUCAGUGCAGGCAGCCAUCCCCCAGACCCAGCUCAUGCUGGCUGGAGGACAGAUAACUGGGCUUACUUUGACGCCAGCCCAACAGCAGUUACUGCUACAGCAGGCCCAGGCCCAGGCCCAGCUGCUGGCUGCUGCAGUGCAGCAGCAUUCCGCUAGCCAGCAGCACAGCGCUGCUGGUGCCACCAUCUCAGCCUCCGCCGCCACGCCCAUGACGCAGAUCCCCCUGUCUCAGCCCAUCCAGAUCGCACAGGAUCUGCAGCAACUGCAGCAGCUUCAGCAGCAGAAUCUCAACCUGCAGCAGUUUGUGUUGGUGCAUCCAACCACCAACUUGCAGCCAGCGCAGUUUAUCAUCUCACAGACGCCCCAGGGCCAACAGGGACUCCUGCAAGCGCAAAAUCUUUUAACGCAACUACCUCAGCAAAGCCAAGCCAACCUCCUACAGUCGCAGCCAAGCAUCACCCUCACCUCCCAGCCAGCAACCCCAACACGCACAAUAGCAGCAACCCCAAUUCAGACACUUCCACAGAGCCAGUCCACACCAAAGCGAAUUGAUACUCCCAGCUUGGAGGAGCCCAGUGACCUUGAGGAGCUUGAGCAAUUUGCCAAGACCUUCAAACAAAGACGAAUCAAACUUGGAUUCACUCAGGGUGAUGUUGGGCUCGCUAUGGGUAAACUGUAUGGAAAUGACUUCAGCCAAACUACCAUCUCUCGCUUUGAAGCCUUGAACCUCAGCUUUAAGAACAUGUGCAAGCUAAAGCCACUUUUGGAGAAGUGGCUAAAUGACGCAGAGAACCUCUCAUCUGAUUCAGGUCUCUCCAGCCCAAGUGCCCUGAAUUCUCCAGGGCUAGGAAUGGAAGGCUUGAACCGUAGGAGGAAGAAACGCACCAGCAUAGAGACCAACAUCCGUGUGGCCUUAGAGAAGAGUUUCUUGGAGGUUAAUAAAGUUCUUCAUAAUCAAAAGCCUACCUCGGAAGAGAUCACCAUGAUUGCUGAUCAGCUCAGUAUGGAAAAGGAAGUGAUUCGUGUUUGGUUUUGUAACCGCCGCCAGAAAGAAAAAAGAAUCAACCCACCAAGCAGUGGUGGGACCAGCAGCUCACCUAUCAAAGCAAUUUUCCCUAGUCCAACCUCACUGGUGGCAACCACGCCAAGCCUUGUGCCUAGCAGCGCAGCAACUACCCUCACUGUCAAUCCAGUUCUCCCGCUGAGCAGCGCUGCGGUGACCAACCUCUCUGUUACAGGCACCACAGACAGCACCUCCAGCAACACUGCCACCGUCAUCUCCACAGCGCCACCGGCUUCCUCAGCAGUCACUUCCCCCUCGCUGAGCCCCUCCCCGUCCGCCUCAGCCUCCACCUCCGAGGCAUCUAGUGCCAGUGAGACCAGCACAACACAGACCACCUCCACUUUGUCCUCUCCUCUUGGGACCAGCCAGGUGAUGGUGACAGCGUCAGGGUUGCAAACAGCCGCGGCAGCCGCCCUCCAGGGGGCUGCGCCGCUGCCUGCAAAUGCCAGUCUCGCUGCCAUGGCUGCCGCUGCCGGACUGAGCCCAGGCCUGAUGGCACCCUCGCAGUUUGCAGCUGGAGGUGCCUUACUCAGUCUCAAUCCAGGGACCCUGGGCGGUGCCCUCAGCCCAGCUCUCAUGAGCAACAGUACACUGGCAACUAUUCAAGCUCUUGCUUCCGGUGGCUCUCUUCCAAUAACGUCACUGGAUGCAACCGGGAACCUGGUAUUUGCCAAUGCAGGAGGAGCCCCCAACAUCGUGACUGCCCCCCUGUUCCUGAACCCUCAGAACCUCUCUCUGCUCACCAGCAACCCAGUGAGCUUGGUCUCUGCCGCUGCAGCCUCCGCAGGGAACUCUGGACCUGUAGCCAGCCUUCACGCCACCUCCACCUCUGCUGAGUCCAUCCAGAACUCUCUCUUCACAGUGGCCUCUGCCGGUGGGGCCGCUUCCACCACCACCACCGCCUCCAAGGCACAGUGAGCUGGGCUGCACGGGGCUGCCACUAGCCUUUUCCACUCGCGGCAUGAUGGGGCUGCCAGCCAAGCUGAGACUGAAAAAUGUGAUUGGCUUCCUCUUGCCAUGUUUCAGCAGCAAGGGAAGAAGGGAGAGAAGGAAAAAAAAAUGCAUACCAGAACAACAAAAGGAUGGAGACAGGACAACAUUUGCCUAAUUUUGUAAUAAAACACUGUCUUUUCAGGAUUGCUUCAUGGAUUGGAGAACUUUCUAACCAAAAAUUAAAAAAAAAAAAAAAGCAGAAACAAAAAAAUCAAAAACAAACAAAAAAAGAAGUGAAAGGACUACUUCUCAUUUCCAGCAGUCAUGGUGACAAGUUAAGGUGGGUACCAAUUCCAAUAUAGGAAGGGGGUUUCUUGUUUGUCUAAAUUUCUUUUUUUCUUAAAAAAAAAUCAUUUUUAUGGGUCUGUUGUACAGGCCAUUAAGUCAUAACAAGGUGUUUAUAAUCGUAUCAAUUGUGUUGGGGGUUCCUUUCUUAACUGGUACAAUUUAGGCAGGCCUGUAUUACUGUAUCUCUAUUAUUGUUGUUGUUGUUAUUGUUUUUUAUAUAUAUAUAUAGUUUGGACAUGUUUAUCUCUUGCUCCUGGAUCCUAUUUCAGUGAGCUCCCACACUGUGGGGAGGGAGGGUUUGGGGGUCAGGGGAGACUUACGUUCUUAACUGCGGGGAAUGUUCUUGCUGGUUUCCUUAUCCUUGAUGACUCUUACAGAGGUGCUAGAAAAUUAUUUUCUUUUGCCACUUAUGCAAGAGGCUUGGUGCAGAAGCUGAAGGCAGUGUGUGCAAACACUCCCACUCCACACACGCCCCCUCCCCCCAUCAGGUGGUGCCUUUCGAGCACUUUUGCGUAGGAAGGAAUUCCUGCUGAACUGUAGCUCUCACUCACCCCAGAUCAUUGAAUGACCCUGAGGCCCAGAUCCUGCGGUGCACAGGUGCUGCUUCUGCCACUUUCAGCGGGAACAGCCAUGCGUGUUGCAGGACGGGAUCUGGGCCCGAAGAGCAAAGACUACUGCAGACACCUGACUUGGUGGUUCUCCUGAUUUCUUAUCUCCUGAAAAAUGCUCCUACUGUUGGUGUGUUUGUUUGUUUGUUUGCAUUUUGUGGAAGUUUUUCAUCCAAACUUCCUUUCAUUUACUUGGCAAAGAGCGAAUUGACUGAUUGAAAUUGGGAAACUCCGCCCUUCUUUUGUUUUCUGAAGGAACUCCACUAGACUAUUGCCAUCCAUUCUGUAUCCCCAAAGAGGUGUGAUGAGAAGAGUCUGAGGCCACCACCUUUGCUCUGGCCGCAGACCCCUUUUCACUGGACGGCGCGUAAAUCCCUCUAGCCCUGAGACUCUCCUUGCUGCCCUGACUGGGGAACGCACUUACUAGCUGGGCAUGGGGUCAUUAGAACCUUUGAAGGACUUUGAGCAGGAACUUUGCACACACCUCAAGUGUCUCCUUGGUUUGUUAGUGAUGCUCCAGCUUAGGCAGGUCACAAUGGAAAUACACGUCUCGCUGUACAAUGUAGAAAGUGAUAUAUAGCUUCUGGAAUCGUUUUCAGGGUGUUUCUAGACUAUGUACAUGAGCCCACAGAGAGGAAGAGUUUAUGGAAGUAGAUGAAGAGGAAUGGAGGGUAACAUGGAAAUUCAGUUCCCCUUCCUGUCAGUGUGCUGUCAUUACAGUAUCUAUACCAGAACAUUUCCCAGAAGCCGGGGUCACUGCAGUGGGGCUCAUGUGAGCUCCCCUCCUUAUCGGAGGUCAAGGUUCCCAGUUGGCAUCUGUGGGUGCUUGCUUAUGUCUGUCUCUGGUGGCCCAAGACUGCACUUGCCCCCCUUUCAAGCUGGGGUCUGAGAGAGGGUGUGUAGGUCAUUUUCAUUCUGAUCGCUCUGCUUGUGUCCCCAAGGGAGCUUGGAAUCUUUGUAUUUGUCUCUUCACAGUGUUGAGAAAGGCAGUGACACAGACACAGUGCAUAUGUUUGUGAUCAUCCAAGUGGGAGACAGGCACCUUAAUAUUAAAAGGCCAGAAACAUUUGUAGUCCCUUUGUUAGUUUUUCUUUCGUUGCUUCUGUCUUCCUGUUUUAUUUCACAGAGUAUUUAAUUAUCAACCUAAAUUUCCUCUUCUUACCAUUCACCUUCCCUAAAAUUCCUCCCAAAUCAGUGAACUGCAAGCAGGGAAACUAACAAAUGUCCAUCCACCUUUUUUAUGUGUGGUGUGUUUUUUUUAUGUUGUCGGGGGUUUUUUUUGUUUUUGUUUUUUUUUUAACUAAGCUUGAACCAAAGUCAAUUUUUAGCAAGCUGCUGUACUAAUGGACUAGUUUAUAAACGUGCGUUUCAGACACAUUGAGGAGAUAGAUGCUACUGACAAUUUCUUUUUUCAUUUGUCUUUAUUAAUUUUAUAUAAAAGUUGCUGCUUGUUUUAAUCUUUUAUGUUGGUAAAUUGUAAUAUCCUCUGGGCAGACAUUAACUUGAUUUUAACUAGUGUAUUUAGUUUGGUGUGUAAAUAGAAUGGCAGUGUCAGUUACUAAUUUUUCUCCUCUCCAUCUUGCUAUUUCUCUGAUGUAGUUACAUUUAAUUUGUUAUCCUGACUUGACAUGUCUAACUUUAGUCUGCGUAAAUGGUUUUAGGGCAAUCGGUAAUACUGUGGUGCCCGGUGGAAUGAGUCCCUCCCUCGGGAGAGGUAAGUUAGGAGGAAGGAUUCAGGGAGGGAAAUGCUGAUACCCACCAUCCUGGAUUAGAGGUUAUAGCAUUAAUUUCCCAAAACUGCUACCAAAGGAAGUAUGGAGUCCUUCAAGACUCAAACCCAAUGGGUUAAAAGGAAGGGCAAGGAAAGGCUGUGCUUGUUUGUUUGUUUUCCUGUGUGGUUCAAAAGAUGCUCCCUCUCCCAAAUAAGAUUCACCAACAGACUUCAAUAUUUUGAAAGAUCUUAAGCUUUAAAUGUCAGUAUGAUGGUCCUCUACUCCCUGCCUUGUCUGUAUUCUCUAGUCAAUCUGGGAUAAGGAGAUUCUGCCUUUUUGUGUGUGUGUGGAUCCACUUUAGGAGGAUAAACCUUAAACCAGCAUAAAAAUCUGUGUUUAAAAGAAAUAAAUCCUUAGACAAAGGUAACUUUUUAAAUUUUUCUCAUUUUUUUUCUUAAAGACAAGUUGUAAAAUGAAAAGUACAUUUGUACAUGAACACAUGAAACACUAAAACCCUUUGUUGAUGGGUGUUGAGCUUCAAAUCACCUCCCCAUCACCACCCCUAGAUAUUCUGCUCAUCAGACUGCUUCAUGACUCAACCUUUAGUCCAUUUUACUUUAUAUUCUUUUAUCAUCUCAAGAAAUGCGUUUUGAAUUGAGUGAAUCUCCUCAGCUAAGGUACUCAAACUUAACUUUAAACCCCUUUAUACAGAGAGUCUGGAAAUUAAGGGGACCAUUUGAUCAAAAAGAGGCGUUUGGUAGAGUUUCUAAGCGGAUGGGCUAGAUAGGUCAUCAUAACUCAUUGUACAUUCUUUUUUCCUCCUAAUAAUUAUGCAAAUUUUAUUUCAUCCCUGAAUUUGGUGAAUACAUAUUAAACCAAAGACUAAUUCUGAAUGCAUUUAUAGUGAUACUCUAUUUGCCCAUGGUAAUGGGCCCUCCCUAGGGCGUGGUGAAUGUAAUUGAAUCCUGCUUAUCACAAGCAGUGCAGUUUGCUCAUGAACUGUAUUUAUAUGGGUCUGAGGGACAGAGCAGAAAGACUUGGAAAAGCGCUUCUUGUAGGAACAGUAUUGUUGUUCCUAAUUUAAGAAGUUGAGUGCUCUAUUAGUUCAAAUGUUUCUGAAAUUAUAUAGGCAGCUUUUUAGAAUUAAAAAAAAAAAAAAGGUCAUCUCCAUUACCUGACCCAAUAUACACUUCCUUUCAUUUGGUUGAUAAGAAAGACCAAUACCAUCCCAAUUUACUCAACUUAUUACUCAAGAAGUGGAACCAAAGGAAUCCAACUUCCAUUUUGUGUAGGACCAUACGUGUCUGUACUUUGUGGUGGCAUUAUUAGACAUUAACAAUCUUUUUUUUUUAAGGGAAAAUAAGGUUAUAAUGAAAAGAUUUUUAGUGAGAUUAUGCAAUUUUGUUCUACAUAAUUCAUCGUUGGGGAAAAAAAGCACAAUUAUACCUCUUUUUUAUAUUAUUUUCUCCUGUUCUCAUGUAUAUAUGGGAAGGUAGGGGAAACCUUGUCUGUAUUAUCCAGAAGCACAGAUAUUGCUCAACACAAUAUUGAAGGUCAGCCCAAUCUUCAGCAUUAAAUUUUCUAUUUAAAUUGCUGGGAAUGCUGGAUAUAUUUGCAAAUAUAGGAAAUCAUUGCAGAUUUUUAAAGUUAUAAAUCUGAUAGUAAACAUUGCAAUUAGUGUAGAAUAAACACUUUGCUUACAGAAGAAACUCUUUAUAGUUCUGGUCUCAAGUACCCAACCCUGGUCAUCCUCACAAAACUUUCUUCACCAAGAAAAAAAUAAACCCGUUGAGAUAGGAAGAUAAGGGAGAAGUGCUGGUGUAGAGAAGUCCACAGGCACCAGGGCUGGUGGAGGCAGUGAUGGUGAGGGCACCCCACAGUCAGUCUGUAGUUUGACAACCCUCAGUCAGAAGAGAGCCUCAACAAUUUGUUAUAUUUUGGCCAAAUACUUUUUUUAUUAAAUCAGCAUUUAAAUUAAUUUAAAGUUUGUUUAUUCUUCAAACCAUGAUUAUUGGAGCUGAAAAUGUCAAGAGACCAUCAGUGUUGACAGAAAAAAAUGACUUAAGUCCUGAAAUUUAAAGUUAUUCAAGAAUUGAUGGAUUACUUUGAUCGUAACCAUUAUGAGUUCAUUUUUGUAUGUGUGUGAAAAGCAUGUAAUGUGUGACAUUGUUCAUGUGGUCAUAGCCCUGGCCAUUUUGAAGACGACACUAUAAAAUGGUAAAUCUUUCUAAGCAAUUACCUUCAUUUUUGAGAAGGAAAAAGAAUCUUUUGCCAUUCUUUAAAAAAAAUAACUAAGAUCCGCUAUUAUGCAAGUUUGCAUAAUGGCAGACACAGUACAAAUGUGAGCUUGGACAGGAAUAGGAUAAAUAGACUGCUUUUUUCAUUAAAAGCUGAUACUAAUCCUGUUCUGCCUCAUUCUUUUCUUAAUCCAAAGGGAUUAAAUGGGAUACCCCUGAGAUUUCCAGUAAGAUAUUUGAAAGGAUUCCAUUAGGAGGGCCGGGAACAUGCUUUUUCUCAGAUUUGUCCAGUUUACACUCAGAUUUCCAUAUGAUUUGUAACCUGGUGCUUUCUUCUAAUUGUCCUUAUUCAUGAAGCACUUGGUUCUUGUUUUGGCUCUUCUACUCUUGGCCUUUUCUAAAAGCAGUAGCUUGAGUGAGUCUUUCUUUGAUUCUUUGACCUGGAGUUCCUUUCCCUCCGCCUUCUCUUCCUUUUCUUUUUGAAUGGUGAUAACCUUAAUCUGUGAGGGUAAUGCUGGUGGGUAACAGCUAGCUUCUGGCACCUUCAUAAAAUACCUCAGUGUAGCUUAGCAUUGUUGCAGACCUGGUUUUAAUCUAAAAACCAAAUAAAUAAAAAGAAGAAAACUUUAUAAAUAGUGGAAAUAAUUCUAGCUGUAGCAUUUAGUUGAACUGAUGUUUAUUAUGAUAAACAUGAUUGAUGCUGUAUGUAUUUGGGAUCCUGUUUAUAGGUUACAAUUUAUAGGGUUAGGGAGGGUUGGGAUGGGGAGAGGAGGAGUUGAUUAUGUUAGAAGGAAAAUGUUGCUCAUGUGUUUGUUUUUCCUUAUAUCUGUCUUGCCAAAGGAAACUUGAUUAUCCCUGUGAUGGGUUGGGGAUUCAUUGGCCUCUCUGUGGUUUGACUCGCUUUGCAGUGUGUGGUGGUGGUAUGCAGGUUACAUAUGGGUUGUCCUGGAGGUUCAGGGUCCCCUGAGGCAUUCACUCCCUUCCUAUGGGACCCUUGCCACCAGACCCUGCCAUUCUCCCCUAAGGACUCAUUACCUCUAUGUACCAAGAGCUUCGGUAAAGGGUGUAUGUACGGAAUCUGGGUGUGUGGUUGAGAAAUAGGCAGAAAUAGACAUGUGCCACUUAAUUUGGAGAGGAAAGAGGAGUGUGUGAUGUAUCUUGAUCGAGGAAAACUGAAGUAAUACCCGUUCUUUUUGUCACCCUGUCAUGUUAUUGAAUGUUGUGCUAAUAGGCCAACAUUUUAAAACCCUACUUCCUUUUUUCAUACCAAGGCUAUUUCUGUCUAGACCAAAAAUGCAAACAGAAGUAAAACUAAACCAAGCAGUUGAAAGCCAACCUGCUUGCCUCACAUGUGUGAUAAGCAUGACCUUUAGGGAUUGGUAGGUUGGUGAGAUUGAGGAGAGGAUUGUUCUUGCUGAGAAUGUGAAUGAGAAAUCAUACUGGUUUAGGAGAAAUUAAAGAGCCCCUUCUGCCCAUACAGACAGACUGUCUUGGUUCCCCAUGUUCAGAUAUGGAUUGUAUCUCAAAAAAAAAAAAAAUCAUACUGUAUCUGAUUUUUAAAUAAACCAUCCAUCUCACAGAACUUGAGUGGGAUUUGGUUUAGAUACCAAAGACACUGCUAUGUCAUUGUUCAUUCUUAAAUUUUUAAAACAGGCAGAAAGAAUAGGAGUGAAAGGUUGAAAUGUGGGAAAAGCUGUACCUAUGUCUCUUUUCUCUCCUCCCUUACCCACUUUUUGAAUGAAGUCUUGUUGGUUAUCCUGGUUUUAGAAGAGAGAUCGAUUUGGUUUCACUCUGCUGACUCUGUAAAGAUGGGUAGGGUUGCUCAGUGUAGCCUUGAUGUUCUUGGAAUUGCUGGCAAAUUAUGGGGGGAGAGCAAAAGAUGAAGGUAAAUUUUUUUUCUUUAUUUCCCUUUAUCUAACGCUUAUAAAUAAAACCAGUACAGCCUGUUUGAGUUCAGAUGAUACCUAGCUGUGCUGUCUCUGUUGUGUCACUUGUAAAGGAUAAGCAUUUUCAAGAGCAGGAUUACAUGGAAAACCAAUAGACUGUCCUUUACUCUCCCAGGGAGCUUUAUCUUUCCAAAAUGAUUUUGUACAUGAGUUCUAGGGAGUUAAGAGUUUCAUUGUCUUGGUGUACUAUUGAUGGGACACAGAAAGAUGAGACAUUUAUUGCUCUCAAUAUUCUGUCAAAAAAUGAUCAGGUUGCAGAACGUCAUGAAAGCUUUACUAAUAAUCUAAUUGUUCUGACAUUAUAUAAAAGUGGUAUUACUAUUGUGUGACUUUUCAAAGUGCUAGAUAGGUUUGUAAGUAGGCAAUAGGGUUAUAGAAAGUAAGAGCACUUGACACAGAAGUUACAGGAAACAAGGUGUGCUUGAUGGAACACCACUUUGAGCACAGAAGUGAGCCUCCCCAGGCCAGGGAGGGAAGGUGCCAGGUCUGGUUCUUUCUCUGCAUCUGCCCACUCUGCGCCCGGCUCUGUCACCCAGCACCACCUUCGGGUUCAAACCCAGGACACUGUCAAAAAGUUCAGACCCCAAAAGUAACUUACUGUAAAAAAAAAAAACAAAAAACAACAACAACAGCAACAACAACAACAAAAAAAAAAAAAUUGAGGUCUGCUGCAAAGUUCCCCCGUGUUUUCUCUCUUCACUUGUUCAUCCUUGUUUUAAGUCAGCCACCACCUUGCAAAAGCAGCUUUUCGGGCUUCUUUCAUCACCUGGCAGCAGCAUUGAGUUCUCUAACAUUAUAUCCUGAAGUCUGCAGGCAGACGGCCGGAUACGGUGCUGGGUAAAAAACGAAACAUCAAAUCCUUCUUUAUAAUUGGAAUCUCCUUUGAAUGAAAACAGUAAGAAAGGACAGAGUCCUCCCAGUGUCUUCAAGUCUGACAAUACAGCAGGAAAGGAAAUGCACUUUCAGAGGCUACAAUAUAGGCAGUUAUGUCAGGAAAGGCUAUCUGUAGGUGGGUGCGGUGCCACGUCCCAGAGUCCAGUCCCGCACGGACUUUCCUAAGAGUGGAGCAGAAUGAUGCCUGCCCCGGUGGAUUUAAGACUGCAGACACGGGGUGGGGGGUAGGGGGCACGGGGAGGAAGGAGCAAGACACCUUGCAAUCGUACUACAAGGCGGCCCUUGGCAACAUCGGAGGUGUGGGGCCCCUGAGACCAAGGGAGAGAGGCAAGACUUCCAGCUCCUCCCCUCUGCCCUAGGGAGCACUGCACCGUAUUACUCAGCCCCCUCCCCCACAUUAGACCGUAGUUCCAGUCCCUUUCUCUAUGGUUGUAGCAAAGGCUAGGUGAGUAAGUGUGGGGCUUCUGCCCACCUCAAAUCCAGGAGCUGUUGUAUACCUCAUUUCUAACUCGUGAUUGAGUAACUUGCUUUAACUUUCUCUAAACCCUACAGAGUUGCCAAGUCUGCCCUCCCUCCUCUAAGCAAUGUUGAACUCUGGCCUAUAGCAUCACAGGACCUGUAGCCUAGGGUGGGACCUCCUAAAGCCUCUGAAUGUCGCUGCUGAAAAGCUACUGCAAACUGAGGGCAAAUUGCAAUCUUCUAUUUCUUUUUGUUGCAAGGGGUCUUCACAGGUCUCUUAACAUCUCCUUUCCCUGCCACCCUGCCUUCAGGGGCUGGCCAGCUCUCCACUCCCCCACCCCCCCAGCCCACAUUUUAGAUUUCCCUAGUGGGUGGAGGCCAUCCCCUUCCUCUCUGAGGCCUCAGGGUUCUGCUUAUUUUCAGGACUUUGGGUGGAAGGGAAAAGACACCAAAGGCUCCUUUAAGCUGACUGCUGCAUACACAUUUCACUUUUUUUCCUUUGACAUGACCAAAAAAAAAAAAAAAUCCAAAUAUUUAAGUUUUUAUUAUUAAUAUUAUUAUUAUUUGACAAUCUUGUAUCCAAUGGGCUCUCUAGAAGCUGCAUCCCCAGCCCUUUCACCUUUUCUUUGAAUGUAGUUCCCAACCUUUGAUUCCCACCCCCAACGUUGAAAGAAAGCUUUGCCAGGUCUUAAUACUGCUGCUAUAAGCCAGGGGAGGGUGGUUUCUUUGUUUUGUUUUGUUUUUUAAAUUUCCAGCCAAAACCAAAGAUUCCUUAAUGAUUGUAUAAACUCAAAACAAACAAAAAAACCAAAGAAAAGGGAAGUCUUCAGCAUCAAUCCAGUCUGUGGCGUCCUGGCAUUUAGAGGAGUGAGGCUAGGGGUGGGAUGGGGACCUCUGACCCACGGGAAGGGUAGGGGGCUCUUUUGCCCGUGUUUUGGAGUUUGUGGAGGUGCAUCCUCAGUAGCUUUGGCCCUGGCCAGCUCGUGAAUGUGCCGUGGGGAAAAUUGGCAUUUCAGACUUUCUAAAACAGACGAAACGCCAUCACCCGGAUGCUCCACCCGACAAUAACCACGGUCACCACAGGGGCUCAGCACAGGGACUGGGAGGCUGGGGAUGCUGCUGGACCGCUGGACCCACAGAGUGGGGGGAAGUUGAAGACACUGGUGCAGGACUGGCUGCUCUGCUGGGUGCUUGGACCUCUGGGGUCAUGACAGUGAGUACACGCCAAGGUGCCCUUCUGAGCCUUUUCUCUUUUCCUUUACUGGAACUGCUUGGAAGUGGCUGCCCUGUUUGUGAGAAAACAUGCAGAACGAUUACCAAGCUUUUCAUGUAUCCUUGCUGUAGUUGGUUUCCUUUGGCAGCACCACUGUGCAACUAUGCAUUGUAUCUCACAACCUUUGUGCUAGGUAGAUGCCUGUGACUUUUUAACUUGGGGGGUGGGGGGAUUGCAAAUGAAGGAACUUUUUACAUGGAUCUUUUUAAUCUCAGUUGAUUGGGGGAGGGGGGUAUUUGGUUCUAGGGUCAUACAAGCUCUAUCCCAAAGCAAAAUCCAAAUGUUAAUAAUAUUAGCCUGAUGCAGAUACCAAAGAUGAUUUCUUUCCUGCAGAACCUUAGACUUGUGUAUUAAGUACGAUUACCCAGCACUUGCAUUAGUCUAACCUCAGUAAUUCCAAAGCUUAGAUGUAUAUUUUGGUAUAUUUCUGGGAUAUUAAAAAAAAUGUCGUUUAACUUCUUGUUUGUUUCAGUGUAAUGCUCUUAAAGUCAUAGCAUGAAAAUAACUGAACUGUCCUAUUCUUAGUAGUUUGAAAUAAUAGUAUUUUUGUAUGUUUUGGGUGUGUCUAUGUAUUAACAUAACAGUUUUCACUGCCUAGGUGUUCAUAAUAAAAAAAGAAAAUGAAAAAGUUCUGAGUGUACAUAAUAUUCAGUAAUAAACUUCCACCAGGUUCAAUUUGGUUUGCAUAUUUGCUGAUUACUGUUCCCAACUGGGAUUUUGUUUUGUUUUAAAGAGACAGUGAUCGUGUUUUCCUAAAGAUGUUUUCUCUCUCUCUCUCUCUCUUGUCUUUUAAUAUCUUAACUCUCCCCCACACUUUUUUCUUUUCCUUUUCCUUUUUUUUUUUUUAAUAUUGAUUCAGGGGUGUUUUUCCACUGUUGUCAAGGGAGGGUCAUAAGGGGGACUGACCCCCUGGCCUCCUAGAACUUUUUGUUUUAUGUACUUAAGUUUAAAAUGUGAGUUUGAGUUCUCUUUUGUGGAAACUUAAGAUGUGGUGUAAAUGAUUCUUUCCAAAAUUGUCCAGCAGCUUUAAUGAGGCAGUGACGGUUUCUGAGUAGUUGGUUGGGAGUCCUUUGACAUUUCUCCUUAGAUAACUUUGCAGUCUGGGUGGCUAUUGUGUAGCCUCACUGCCCCAGAAUGCCUGCUUAGCCAUUUCCCCUUGAUAGGGAUGUUUUCUAAGAAUCUGCUGAUAACUUGGAGUUUGGGGGACCUUGUUAUCUGGGCCCCUGGGAAACAUGUGUUUUCUUGAUUUUGAAAAUCCAGAACACAAGCAACUUUACAUUUGGGGGAAUUAGCUGAUGUGCCUCCCAGAGGCUUAAGGAGGUGGUGGGGAAUAUGAGCGGUGCUGUCUCUUUAAAAGUGCCCUUUAUAUGAUUCCCCCUCCUGGGGCCUCCUGCAGGGGCUGUAGGCUUGGGAGAGAUUGCGUAGGUGACAGUGAAUCAGAAUGAAAUGGUAGAUUUUGUGUAGAUGCAUUUGUCUGCUGUAAUUUUUAUAUAUAUAUUAAACUUACUGUAACUGUACAGUUCGUUUCUGUUGUAAAACAUCAUUAAACCAUUUUCCAAGUGUU